AUGACCUCUUGCGCCGCGAGCCGCAUGGACAAGGCGGUACCUUACCAAGUGAGCAGGACGACAAUCUUCCACGGCCAGAAUCUCCGCUACUGCCGCCACGUCUUCCUCACAGGAGGAGCCAUCAUGUUAAAACUAGGCAUAGCCCCGAUCGCGAGACCGACCGUGGCCCCCGCAAGUUACGGCAUCAUGGUAUCCGCGCCUAUGGAUCCCGUCAGAGAUAACAAUAAGCCGUGGUAUGUCGACGUGCUCAGCCAAGAGCACCGCUGUAACAUCAUGGAGUGGUUCAUGUCCUACAGGUUAACAUUGAUCUCCUUUGGCAACGAUUUCCAGGGCCAGGACAUAGUUCGUGGGAGAAAGAUAAGAGUACAGCAGUCUCAAAACUUUCCUUACUUGGACUCGAACCGAACUAUCCAUAAAGAUUUGCACAAAUGGAUUCAGUUCCCGGACGAGCCUGUUCAUUACGAUGCGCUAGGUAGGAACCCGUGA